UUUAACUCCAGCAUGGCGGCCACCAGUGGUCCCCGCGUGGAGGGAGACUUCUUGGGGUUCAGCGCGCUGUCCAAAUGCGGGCGGAAGGAAGCGGAGAAGAGGAAGCGGGUGAACCGUAAUAAGAAGAAGAGCUGGAAGCGGCACAGCGAUGUCCGGGAUGUGGAGGACUUCCUGGAAGACGUGCGGCUGCAGGAGAGGACUGCGGGUGGUCUGCUAGCAGAGAAGGAAGAUGAGAGCUUGUUCUUUGUGGACACUGGUAAUAAAGUAAAAGAUUUGAAGUUCAACAAACGUGUAAAGCCCUUGAGGAUAGACCUCAUUUUACAGCCAGAUUCCAAAGUACCUCCACCCAAAGACAUUUCAUCUCACCAAAUACCCAAUGGGAAAAAGCUUAGGAGGAAACGGGAGCGAAUUGAGAAAUUAGAGAAGAGGGGGAUUCUUCCUCGAUCAGAGAGACUUCUGAGAGGACAGUUAAACAAGCCCAAAGCACACAAACCAGAGGCCAACAACAACCCAUCCCGUGGAUUCUAUGAUAUCUGGGGAGACAGCAAUCCCUUGGAUUCUGCUCUAGAAGGAAAAGACCAAUGGUAUUUAGAACAGACCAAGAAGAGCCGUAUCAAGCGUCCAGGGAGGCUGAACAAGAAACCAUCUGAGCUUCCUGCAGUUGAAGUUGCUGCUCCUGGGGCCUCCUACAACCCAACAUUUGAGUCACACCAGGUGCUGCUUCUCAAGGCUCAUGAGGUAGAAGUGAAGAAGCUGAAGCAGGAGGAGAAAGUGGAGAGACAGUUGAAGCUCCCCACUGGGGCUGAAGUCCCCACAGAGGAGAGCCGCCUGCAGGAACUUUGUGAGGGUCUGGUGGAGGAGUCUGAUAAUGACAUGGAAGAAGCUGAGAGCGAGGAGCAGCAAACUGUAGCCCUUCCUCAGAAAGAACGGAAGACAGAGCGCCAGAGGAAGAAGGCGAAAGAGGCCAAAAUUCUGAAAGCUCAACAAGAAGCAGAGAAAACGGAUAGACAGCGACGUCAGGGCCUCUUUCAGCUGAAGUCCAUCCAUGCAUCAUUGAAGUCCAGACAAUCUGAGCUCUUAAGGCGCAAGCAGCUUCGGGAGGAGAAACGCAAAUUACAGGCCUUGCAGCCACGACGGCUGGGUCGCCUCAAGUACCAAGAGCCAGAUAUUGAUGUUCUUCUGAGCGAGGAGCUUACAGACUCCCUGCGAAAGUUAAAGCCGGAGGGAAGCCUGGCCAAGGACCGAUUCAAAAGUUUCCAGAAGAGAAAUCUCAUUGAACCAAGAGAGAGAGCCAAGUUCAAGCGAAAGCUAAAAGUAAAAUAUGUGGAGAAGCGAGCAUUCCGGGAGAUCACGUAA